AUGCAUACUCCAGGGGCGGACUCACCGGCGAGCACACCCUCACUGCCUAGUGGUACCCCGGAGGGCACUCCGCCGUCUAUGACUAUGAUGGCUGAGCUGGCGACGUUGAGGCAGCAGUAUGAAGCGAUCAAGGAUGAGCUGAAGGAUAAGAAUGAGGAGCUCAGGACUUUACGAGGAUUUGUAAAUGAAGCGCGGCGGAAGGCACGGACACCGGCUAAGCUGAAUCGGAGGGCGGCUGGGGAUCUUCUCAAUACUAGCGGUUCAUGCCUUCCAGACACCCCUGGUCGGUAUGCUGGGAUGCCCUCGCCCCCGGCAGAGCUCAGAGCCAUCGCUCCGACACCUCUGAGGGCUCCACAUCCAACCGGUUCACCACCUGUUACUCCUAAAGGGAUACCUCCUUUGCCGUUGGGUAAGCUGGGCCUUAUUGGAAAGACGUCUGCGGGCCCUGUGUCGGGUAAAGCACUGCCGCCUCCUCCACCUAAGACUUCCCCGAUACUCACAUGCCUUCCGCCAAGGACCUCUCCUAAGUCAGCCAAAGGAUCCCCUCCGCCGACCUGCAUGAACGUGGCUUCUCUUGGUAAGGCGUCUCCUCCCCCACCUUUGCCCACCGGCAGGGGUAUACCUCCCUUGGCGGGCCCUAAGGUAUCUGAGGCUUGCUGGUUCAUGGGACCUCCGCCACGUGUACCUACGAAUCUUAGUGGGCCUAAGAGCGUCCCGAAGGCUAGAGUGCCCAAUCCCUAUGUAGCCCUGCAUAUAAAAGGGGUGGACAUCACCAAAGCUAAGGGGAAGAGAGCGACUGCUUGUAGCGUAUCGACACCGAGAGCCGGAGGGGCUGGCAGCACGGACUCGGGGACGGACACUCCUCUCAGUUGUGAUAGCUCCUUCAUCCAGGCGGCCCAACUUGAACACGCUCAUGAUGAGCCUCUACUACAGUACUUUACGAGGUAUGGUAGCCGGCCUCGGGACUUUACCAUGUCCGAGUGCGGUACCCCUAGGAGCUGCGCAUCUGAUGCCGAUACUAGCACGAAGUCUCUGCUGCCUGUGAUGCCUCCUGACUGCAUUAUAUCUCGCCAAGUGGGAGCUCAGAAGAUAUGGAAGAGGGUGGACUCCAAGUUCCUGACGAGGCUCUUCAAGAAAAAGGAAGUCAUCAGAGAUCUGGCACAGAAGGCUGCUGCUACUGGCAAGGAGCUUGAGAAUCCUCUCGGGACACCAAACAAGCCUCUGACGGUGUUCGGUACGAAGGAGCAUAGGCUGAUUGGCAUCGUAGCACAGAAGGUGUUCAUGCAGAUGGAGCCACCACCAGCAGGCGCCAAGCUCAAGAGCCGUAGCGAACAAGCUGCCAGUUACCGCAAUCUUCUGCUGCGCUGUGACGACUCAGUGUGGCAGGAGGACCAGCUGGGUCCGGUCGAAAGUCUACUGCGUGAUCUGAUGAUCUUCCUGAGCGGCUUUGAGGAAGAAUUCCGAGCCAUUGAGGUUAACCUCACUACCAUGUACCGAGCGCUGGAGGUGAUGUACGAUUUGCUCGACAAGUUCGCGUUGGUCCUUCAACUCUGCGUCAACUUUGCUAAUGCUCUCAAUCCGGGCGGCCGUCAGAUCGACAUGUUCCAGCUGGGCGCCUUCAGCAAGUUCUAUGAGCUCAAAUGCACUGAGAAUCCGCGGGUCAGCUGCCUGCAUUGUGUGAUAGCCUUGAUGUCAGAGGAAGAUGUGAAGGCCUUGCUUGAUAGGGUCGUGAUUCGGUGCAUCGAGCGGGCGGCAGAGCUGAGGGCAUAUCGAACGGUGGAUGAUGUCCGGGAAUUGACGGACUCCUUUCAUGAUAUCGAGCAUGCUUUGGAGAAGGAGCGGGAGAGGGAGAAGAAGCGAAGGCUCACCUCGAUGGUUGCCGAGCCUCAGACGGUGGAUGACUGUGCUGAGACCGAGGAUGGACCUCUGGAUACGUUCCACACUCACUUGGCUGAGUUUUAUCGGGACAAGAUCGCGGAGAGCCAGUGGCUGUUCGACUACGGCCUCAACGUUUACGCCAGUUACCGUAAUCUGUGUAUGACGUUUGUGGACUAUGACUCGGUGUGGCCACCACCGAAGGAGCGGGGACCGGACUCUAAGGAUCUCUUUGAGGUGUGUCGAGACAUGCUCACGCUCAUAGCUAAGGUGGAGCAAGAUAUACAUAAACUAAAGCUGCGAGAGCAAUUCCAGGAGCAGUACCCGACCCCGACCGAUCUAGCUGCGGGCACGAUCGAGCGGGGCCAGGUGUCGAGUCCCAUCUGCAUCACUCCUCCUAUUGCCCCCUCUACCCCAAGCACUAUCGUGUCCGAUGGAGUGGCCUCGAAGGCGUUGCCUAAUAUGCGUCCUAUUUCCCGCUUCCUUGGGUCAGCUCGGGAGAAGGAGAAUAUUAGCGCCAACAUCUCUGCACCGGAGCCCGAGAGGGUAUCCAAGGACAGUGCGAUCUCGAGUGGCGAUUCUGAGAAGAUUUCUCGUUUCCCGAACUUCUCUCACCUGAAUAGCCCACCACCGAGUCCUCCGAGUCAAGAGCUAGUACCUCCGCCUGCUGCUGCUACUGCUGAUACCUUCCCGGUGUCGUGGGCGUCUGCGGAAUCAACCUCUGGGAAGGUCUCGGACCUCCCACCGCAGCCGCCAUUGAUACCAGCGUUACUCCUGGCGCCGGCUGACCAGGCCGAUGUUUCGGUCGAGUCGUCUAAUGGGCCCGUUACUGACGAUGAUGUAGCCACGCAUCCGACUAACAGGUUCCGUGAGGUCCUGCGGGAGAGGCCUCCAUCGAUAUUGACAGAGAAUGAGGCGGUUGAUGGCAGCAGCAUGUCAGAGCUGGACCAGUCGUCAAUGUCUGUGUCCUCAGCCCGUAGCACUCUAUCUGUCAAGUCAACUAGAGUGUCGGGCUCCCAGGACUUCCGUCCUCCUCCUAUUAGCAGUAAUGGUGGUGUUAGCAAACGGCAGACGUCUAAGCAUGGAUCUGAGUCUCGAGAGGCUGAGAGGCUUAGGAGACGAUUAGAAUCGAGGAAGAGCAUGACCAAUUCAGUGGCCCGAAUUCUCAAAAGGAAGAACCCACAGUUGGAGGAGAGCAUCUUGCCCGACAGUGAGGAGGAAGACUUCGGCUCCGGACGUCUCGCCAGUGUCCUCAAUGGCAUCCUCGUUAUGCGGGCGUCGGAGUAG